AUGGAAGCCUAUGAAAAUGCAAGGAUCUAUAAGGAGAAGACUAAGGCAUUCCCUGAUCACCACGUUCGCAAGAAAGAUUUCCAAGAGGGUGAUGAAGUUCUUCCAUACAAAUCAAGACUUAGGUUCAUGCCGGGCAAGCUUCGCUCAAUGUGGGAUGGGCCUUUUAAAGUGAAAGAAGUGAAGCCCUACCGAGUGGUUGAGCUUUUCCAUCCUCAAAGUGGAGCAACAUUUAAAGUGAAUAGCCACAGAGUGAAAAGUAUAAUGUUUAUAAGUCACCAAAGAAAUUGGAAGUAUAUCUUCUUGAGGAUGCACCCGGGGGAGAAGAGUCUUGAGCUCAUGACCGUCCAACUUAAGGACGUUAAAGAAAAGUGUUAG